CUGCCAUUUUGCAAAGGUCCAAAACAGGGAAUUGAGCACUAUCAUGAAACUUUAGGUGAAGCACUUCAAGGGUUCGAACUCGCCUUUAGUGGUUUAGAUAUAAGAUUCAAAGUUGAUGUUACUAAACGGCCAUAUUGUGAAAGAAUCCUGAGCAGCGAAGAUCUUGAGCUUCUGUUAUACUCAAUAAAAAACCAAUAUUGGUAUCAAAUGUAUAUUGAUGAUCUACCGGUGUGGGGGAUUGUUGGUGAGGUUGCCAACGAAGAAUACUACAUAUGGACCCACAAAAAGGUAUCUAUAGGUUACAAUGGGGAUCGUAUUGUUGAUGUAAAUCUCACCAGUGGUGACAAAGUUGCUCUAAAGCCUGGUAUAACACUUAGCUUUGCCUAUGAGGUUUCAUGGGUGCCGUCCAGAGCUACGUUUGAAAAUCGUUUCGAUAAGUAUCUUGACGCAGAAUUCUUCCAGCACCGUAUUCAUUGGUUUUCUAUUCUCAACUCAUUUAUGAUGGUUAUCUUCCUGGUUGCCUUAGUAUCCAUGAUUUUAAUGCGCACUUUGCGCAAGGACUACGCACGCUACAACAAGGAAGAAGCUUUGGAGGAUUUGGAGCGGGAGCUCGGCGAUGAAUAUGGUUGGAAACAGGUCCAUGGUGACGUUUUUCGACCCCCACCUCACGCCACUGCAUUGUGCAGCUUAGUUAGCACAGGUGUUCAUAUAACUGUGGUU